CAGGAAGUGAGUGGCGCGCGGACUUGUGGGAACAGUUUGAUGACGUCUACUCUUGAAGUAGAGGAAUAAUAUCGCAGCUCAUUGCUGCACAUCUAUCAUUCGCAGGUGUUAAUUUUUGACGUGGUGUAACGAGUGAAAGAUCCCAGACUUAAAGAGAAGGACUUCCCUCACAGGAUGGGGGCCGCAGUAUCUCGCUGGAGGACCAAGCCAACCACUGUGGAAGUUUUGGAGGGACUUGAUAAGGACAUCCAGUCCCUUGAGGAAUAUCGGGAGAAGAACCAGAAGCAGCAGAAGUUAUGGCUUUACAGGUUGCUGUUAUACUCGGCACUGCUUUACCUCAUGGCAUCUAUAGUCAUCUAUGUGUGGUACAUCCCCGAACGACUAAUAGGAAAAUUAAUCGUGGCAUCACCGUUCUUCAUAUUUCCUCUGUUAGUUUGGCUGUUAAGGAAAUUGCUGAUUGUGUUAUACAACAAACGAACCGAGAGAAACAAUGAAAAAUUAGAAGAGCUGAAAGCAGAGAAAAAGAAAAUACUUGAGCAGGUGAUGGAAACUGAAACGUACAAAAAUGCUAAACUGAUUCUGGAGCGGUUCGAUCCAGAAUCAAAGAAGAAACUUGAGUUAGAUGCUCAGCCCAUAGGUCCAUCUGCAACCCCAAGACAAGGCCAAGAGCUGCGUCAGAGGCACGUCACCCCUCGUCCUCUUGGACGUCCACCUGCUGGCCCUGCAACUUCAGCCCCUCCUACCCCACUCUCUGCACCUGGUGGGCCGCCUGAAAAGAUUCUGUCCGCCUCCACUCCGCAGGGUCUGAUACGGAGACCUGGAACCCCAGCUGGCAUGGCAACCCCGGGGAUGAUGGGAAUGCACCCUCCAGGACCUCCGCUGGUCCGACCCGUCCUCCCCAGAGAGAGAGGUGCUGUGGACAGGGUCAUUGAGUACCUAGUGGGUGAUGGACCUCAGAACAGAUACGCACUGAUAUGCCAGCAGUGUUUGUCUCAUAAUGGCAUGGCUUUAAAGGAAGAGUUUGAGUAUAUUGCAUUCAGAUGUGCCUACUGUUAUUUCCUGAACCCUGCCCGGAGGAUGCGUCCCCAGGCCCCGCGUCUCCCAGAAUCCUCUGCAGAAACCAAGAUGAGCCAAGACCCCCCUGCUGUUGCCAUGGAGACGGACCUGCCUGUCUCUCCACCUGUGCCAGUGAGUCCAGGACUUGUAAAGGCAGAAGGUUCAGAGCUCUGUGCAGAAGACGUCCCGUCUGAAGAGAAGAACCCUGAAAUUCCAGAAGCUGAAACCAGCCUGCCUGAGAGCGCUGAUGAUGAGAAGGAUCUAUCUGCCAUGGAGGUGGAGUGAGAGAGAGAAAAAGAAAGCCUGCUAAUAUAAAGCUGUAUAUCAUAAGUGUGUUUGUGUGAUCAUUUAAGCAUUUAUUUCCUAAAUCUUUACCUUUUUAGGUCAUUGCCUGUCAUUUUAAUCUCACCACAUGUAGUAUUUAGUAUUGCAGUGUUAUUUCAUAGGAUAUUGCACUGAACUCUGAAAAACAUUCUGCUUUAGGGUCAAAUGAAUUUUGUGAGAAGUAAGCAUAUAUUUUUUAUAAAAUGAAUUAUAAUGCUGAUAAAUAAUAUAUAUAUUUAUAAUAAUCAGUCCCAUUGCUGAGGUACAUUAUAUAAUAUAUUGUUUUUGUUUACAUGUAAUGUAGCUGCUCUGUAAGGGUUCAGCACAUUAAUGUUCAUUUAUCUUAUAUUUUUUGGGAGAAGCAGCUGUUGAUAUGCAUUUCACUCCUUAUGCAAGCUCUGUUUUAUAACUGAAUGUAUUUAAUAUACUUCUUAUCAAUGCAUAAUAAUGCCAGAAUGUUCUCUUGGUGCCGGUUAUUACAAGUGUAGCCUACAGUAGGUGCUGUACUUCAGAGAGAUGCUCUCAUGUUUACAUGUCUGUCCUGCCAUAGGAAUGUCUGUUUAUUUAUUACUGCACAGAAAUGCUCCUUUAGUAUUUUCAGCCCUUAUGUGCCUUUAUGUUUGACAUUUUUCAAAAUAAUAAAAACAUGUCUUGUCUAAAU